GGUGUCUUUGGAGCUGAAUGAGCGUUGGAGCUCUGGAGCAGCGGUUGCUGUCGGUGCCGGACGCCAUCGUCGCCUUCCUGGAGGACGCUGCCCAGAGAGGCCUUGCAGGCUCAGCGCAGCUCUCGGAGUCCAAGCGUGCUCCCAGCGCCCUCUGGCACAGUCACUUACCAAGUAAGAUGGAGGAGAUUUCGUUGGCCAACCUAGAUAUUAGCGAGCUGGAAGCCAUCGCCCAGGAGAUCUAUGUAGACCUGAUAGAUGAUUCCUGCCUGGGAUUCUGCUUUGAGGUGCACCGGGCAGUCAAAUGUGGCUACUACUACCCGGAGUUUGCAGACACUGGUAGUGUGAAGGAUUUUGGCACUCAGCCAGUGCAAGACAAAGGAGCAUGCGGCCUCGGGCUUUGUUCCCUCCCUGGAGAACCUGGAAAUGAGCCCCAGAUGGAGAUGCAGCGUUCACCUCCAGAAUUCCAGUAGUCACCAUAUGAGUGAGGGCAACCAGUGACCAGGACAAUAAUAUAGACUGGUCCUGUAGCUUGGAGGAAUAAACUAAAUUGGAGAGAAAAUAAAUAAAGGAAAAACACACAAAAGUCCCAUUUUCCCUUUAACGAUCUUAGCAUUAAAAUACAAAAACAAGAAGACACAAACAAAACAAACAAACAAAAAAAAAAAACUAACCCAAAGAGGAGAAUUUAGGAAUCCGGGUACCAUUUGAAAGGGUAUCCAGUGCCGGCUCUGAAAUCCUGGUCCAGAGGCAUCAUGCUGUAUUUUGAGCUCUAUAAAUACACGUGGGUGUACAAGAUCCCUGAACUGCCCUCAGUACACAGGUGAGCAGCUGCAUACCCAGCCUAGAAAGUCUUUUGUUUCUCAGAUUUUGCAUCUGCUUGAUGUCAAGGGCCUCCUGCGAAGUUUUGGAUGCUGUUGAUGGUCAGGCCAUGAUCAGUGCCCUUCAGUGGACUGCUCCUCUGAUUCCUAAGCCUCCAAUUGGGCCUCUUUGAUACAAAUAGAAGUCAGGUGUGAGACUUAAAUACUAAAAAUAUUAAUUCCCGUUUGAAUUUGGAGGGAAGCCCUUGUGCCUUUGUCUAUAAGAAGUUCAGAAUCACCUGUUUUCCAAAAGUCCAGCAUUUUGUGGGGACAAAGCCUUGCCUGUGACUCAUCAAAAGGACCCAUCUUUCCAUCCACGGAGUGGCAAAGGUUUGGCGAAGGACAAGGCAGUUUAUAAACAGCUGCUGCUAUGAGGAUGACGUUCACCUCCAUGACUGCGUAUCAUCUCCACCUGGAAGACUCAUGUCUUGAAUUAUACACUGUGGACAUAAGUUUGACGGGACAGUCUUUUCCUACUUUUUGAGUGACUGGCCAUGUAACCAGACCCUGGGUCUGACUUGAUCACUAUGACGGGUCACUGUCCUCCAGUGGUACCACUGAACUACAGAAGGACAUCAUGGCUGAGCAGGAGGCUGUGUGAAAACUGAGCCAGGAGGGAACUUUUUUUUCCAUCUGCCUUCAAUAAUGUGAAUGAGUUUAAUGCUAAGAGCCCUGAAAGAUGCCUGGUUUACCUGGUAUGGUUGCAGAAUCCCUUCUUCAGUUGGGCAGUCAGCCCUCUGCUAUGGUGAUUAAGACUGUCUCUACCAUCUCUGCCCUCACAAAUGGCAGUUCCUCACCUGGUCCUCAGGACCUCCUUACAGCAGAGCUGGAUUUUUCUUGUUGGAAAGUUGGGGAUUUCCUGACUUUGGAGGCAGGAUCAGAAAUAAACGGGAAGUGAGUGGCCUAUCAAAA